CCACACGGUGACCGGAAAGACCGCGCACGCCGCCGGAAGUGGCGCCGAAGGUGAAGGGUCAGGAGGCGGGUACUGCUGCCAUGGCGACUGUGUUGGAGGCUUCCUGCCUCAUCCUGGUGGCACUGCUGUGGGGCGCAACCAACCCUUUCCUCAAGAAGGGCACUGAGGGCAUAGAGAAGGUUAAGUCUGGGAACGCUGUCACUCAGCUGUUUGCAGAGAUGAAAUUUUUAAUUUUUAAUUACAAGUAUAUGAUACCAUUUCUUCUAAACCAAAGCGGGUCAGUUCUUUACUACUUCACCCUGGCUUCUACAGAUUUGUCCUUGGCUGUGCUCAUGUCAAAUGCCCUUACGUUUUUGUUCACAUUGAUAACUGGAAAGUUACUGGGGGAAGAUAUUGGUGGUAAACAGGAGAUUACAGGAAUGCUGCUGACUCUCAUGGGAAUUACUUUGUGUGUAGCAAGCAAUGUCGGGGUGGAAUCUUGACACAAAGGCGGCUCAACCUAUCAAAACCACCAACAGAAGCUUUUCAUUCUUUUGCUGAAUGUGGUCAGCAAUUAACAUGAUGAAGAAAUUGCAAACCAACACGUCUUCCCGGGGUGCAGCAGAAUCCAGUAAUUAACUUACUGCAGUUGGUGUAUCCACAACUUUAUUAGAGAUAUGUAUCACCUUAAACAUUCCAGUUAUCUUCAAUUUGGUGUUGGAUUAGAGGCAAGUAAUUUUCAGUGCUUGGCUGCUACUAUUUGACAACCUGAAGUUUUCAGAUUAGAAUCUGUAUUGAUAGAUAUACAAUGAGUAGUACUUACUCCCAACAGGUGGCAGAGAGUCAAAAUAACCAUGGAAGGAAGUGAAAAGCUAUGUAAAACUGGACAGCAAAAUCAAGCUUAUUGUUAAAUGCACCAGUGCUUGUACACACAGGUGUAACGAAAAGCUUGCUUGCAGCAGCGUCACAGGUACAUAGCGUUCAAGAAAAAAUAUUCAACAUAACUUAUACACAGUUUUUAUAAGAAAGACCACAAUUGGAACAAAAGAAAACAAAAUCAAUUUUAGUCAAAUGGGGGACCGCUUCAUCGAACAUCCCCACACCAUCCAGCGCAAGCGGAACUUCCUGGUGUCUAAGUAUUGUAACUCAGAUUCCAAUUCCCAUUCUGAUGUGUUGAUCCAUGGUCUCCUCUUGUGUUAAGGUUAGGCCACCCGCAAGCUGGAGGAGCUGAGGAGCAAUACCUCAUAUUCCAUCUGCGUACCCUCCAACUUCAUGACAUGUAUAUUGAUUUCUUCUUCCAGUGAACAAGUUUCCCUUACCUCUCUGACCUUUCACUUCUUCUCACCUGGGUCCCCUCCUCCUUUCCUUUCUUCUAUUGUCCACUCUCCUCUCCUGUCAGAUUUUUUCUUCUCCAGCCCUUUACCUUUCUCACCCACCUGGCUUACCUAUCACCUUCCAGAUAUCUUCCUUGCCCUCCCUCCACCUUUUAACUCAAACAUCUCCCCCGCUUCCCUCUCAGUCCUGAAGAAGAGUCGACUGUUCACUCUUUUCCUUAGAUGCUGUCUGACCUGCUGAGUUAUUCAGGCAUUUUGUGUGUAUUGCUUUGGAUUGCCAGCAUCUGCAAACUCGUGUUUGUAAAAGAACAAAAUUCAUUUUAGUUCAAGGUUGUCACAGCGUUGCUUAAUGAAUGUUGUGGUGAUUCAAGUGUUCUCAGUUGCUUCAGGAACUGAGUGGUUGAAGGGAUGUAGCUGUUCUUGAACCUGGUGGUGUGGGACUUCAGGCUUCUGUACUUCCUGGCUGAUGGAAACGGCAAUUAGAUGGCACGGUGAUAGAUAGAUAGAUACUUCAUUGAUCCCAAAGGAAAUUAGUGUCACACUAACAUUACAAGUGCACAGGUGUACAAGCAUUGGAAGGAAAGUAAGAAAGAAUAAAAAAUAAAUUGCCUCAAGCAGUCUAACAGGAGGGAGUCAUCACUUCCCGGCUGUAGGUUGACUCAUCAUAAAGCCUAAUGGCCGAGGGUAAGAAUGACCUCAUACAGCGCUCUUUGGAGCAGCACAGUUGUCUUAGUCUGUUACUGAAAGUCCUCCUCUGUUCAGCCAAGGUGGCAUGCAGAGGGUGAGAAACAUUGUCCAGAAUUGCCAGGAUUUUCCGUAUGGUCCUCUGUUCUACCACAGCCCCAGUGUGUCCAGUUUGACUCCCGUAUCAGAGCCAGCCUUUCUAAUCAGUUUAUUAAGACUGUUGGCACCAAUCAUGUUGAUACCAUUGCCCCAGCACACCACUGUAUAGAAGAUUGUACUGGCAACAACAGACAGUAGAACAUGUGAAGGAGAGGCCUGCAUACUCCAAAGGACCUCAGACUCCUCAGGAAGCAGAGGUGACUCUGGCCCUUCUUGUACACAGCCUUUUUGUUGGUGCUCCACUCAAGUCUGUCAUCCAGGUGCACCCCCAGCUACUUGUAGGUCCUCACCACAUCCACGUCCUCACCAUCAAUAGUAACAGGGAGCAGUGGAAGCUUAGUCUUCCAAAAGUUCAUCACCAUCUCCUUUGUCUGACUGAUGUUGAGCUGCAGUUGACUCAGCUUGCACCGUUUGACAAGGUUCACCAGGGCCCUGUAUUCAUCCUCCCAUCUUCUUUUAUACUGUUGCUGAGUAAUCAAAGAAUUUCUGCAGAUGUCAUGACUCAGUGUUGUAUUAAAGUCUGAGGUAUACAGAGUAAACAGGAAGGAGGCCAAUACAGUACCUUGUGGGGCCCUGGUGCUGCGUAUAGCCAUGUCUGACACAGUUCUGAAGCCACACAAAUGGAGUCUAUUAUCCAGGAUACAAUGGAAGUGCCAACCUGCAUUCAGUGGAGCUUUUCCUCCAGCAAUGAGGGCUGCAUGGUAUUGAAGGGACUUGAGAAAUCAAAGAACACAAUCCUCACAGUGCUGACUAUCUUAUCGAAAUGGGAAUAGGCUCUGUUCAGCAGGUAGAUGACAGCAUCGUCGACUCCAAUGUGCUCCUGGUAGGCAAACUGCCGGGGACCGUGACCAGAUCUGACCAGGGGUUGGAGGUGAGCCAGGACCAGCCUCUCUAGGGUCUUCACGAUGUGUGAGGUCAGGGCACUGGACGGUAGUCAUUCAAGACCUUUGGUUGGCCCUUCUUGGGUACUGGAACCACACAUAAUGUUCUCUGUCUGGACCUUUCCAGGCUGAGACUCAGAUUGAAAAUGCGCUGGGAAAUUCCACACAGCUGAUCAGCACACUCCUUCAGGAUCUUGGUGUUCACGCCGUCCAGUUCCAAUGCUUUGCUGAUAGACUUUGCCCUCUUUGAGGUGGUGUCUGAUGUCGGUGAAUGAACCAUUCUGACCAUGAGUGGGAAGUGAUGUGCCUGGGAUGUAUCAGGCAGAGCCAUUACUUGCUGCAGCUUCUUGUGUUCCUAUGCUUUCAAGUUGCUGUACCAAAUCAUGAUGCAACCAGUCAGGAUACUUUCAACAGUAACACACACAUAAUGCUGGAAGAACUCAGCAGGCCAGGCAGCAUCUAAGGAAAAGAAUAAACAGUCAACAUUUUGGGCCGAGACCCUUCAUCGGGACAGGAAAAAAAGGAUGAGAAGUUUCCAGCAUCUGCAGGUAUUCUCGUCUUUGUAUUUUCAACAGGACAUCUGUAGAAGGUUAUUAGAGUGUUUGGUAACAAGCCAAACCUCUGAGGAAAGUAAAGGCACCUUCCAUGUGAUUUCAUCAAUGUGCUGGGUCCAGCUCAGGUCAUUCACCCAGGAAUUUAAAGCUGCUGACUCUCUCUCUUGCCCAUCUCCCAACGUAGAAUGGAACACAUUAAACCCUCCUUCCCUUUCUGAAGUCAGUGAUCUGCUUCAAGCAUCAACAAAUAAAAGUCGAUAUGUAGCUGACUGGAAAGGUGCUGCUGCCAUGAAUGUAAAGUUAUCAGACAAUAUCCGAUGUCUGUGCACUGAUCAGCAUAGCCUUAGAAUAAUAUCUGACCAGUCUGUGGUAUGGCGUUCCUGCCACUAGAUGGUAUGAAUGUCUUUGAAAAGCCUUACAAUAAUACCAUUGUGCGGGUACCUUAUGCCUUUGGGCACAAUACCCAUAUAAUUUUUGUGGGAUUUCUAAAAUUUCUCCAAAUAGCAUUUUAUUUACGAUUACUGCAAGAAGUUUCCUGCUGAGAGUCCUGGGAUAUGAUAAAUCAUUUCUUGCUGUAUUAAUGUAAGGAAUUUAAGGGUCUGAAGGACAGAUCUGAUAAGGUGCAAAUAAUGAACUUGAGAAAUGAGCCACUGGUCUAUCAUUGUGAUGAGUAAUGUUUAGUAUCCGGCCUGAUCAGUGUUGGACAAGACAGCUUUGUGUGGC